CUUUUAACUCUGUAUUUACAGUACAUUUCGAAAGUGACCUUAACUUCAAAUAUCGGUUUUAAUUGUAAUUCAUAUUUAAUAACGAUUUCCAGUAUAUAGUGUCCAUACAGUCACCGCUAUAUCAAACACUCAGCGCUAAUAAAAGGGCCAAUAAUUGGCUUCAAAAGCAAUUAAAUUGACAAAAAUUGUGCCAAAAUCUGGACUCAUAUCUCAUUUCGACAUAACAUUGAAAACUAUUUUUUUAGAGUUUAUGCGAACCUCUCAUCAGAUAUUCAUUAAUUAAAUAAAGUUUUUUAAAAUAAAUAUAAUUAUUAAUGAAUAGAUUGUUUGGCAUAACUGUUAGCACCGGUAGUCGUCAUAUAAAGCGCAGUCUGUUUGCCAGUAAUACAAUCAAACCAAUCGCCAAAUCACAGAUAAGAAGUAUGUCUUCGGGAGUGGCCGCCGAUCGCAUCAAAGACACCGAACCCAGCGUUUGGGUUGAAUUCAUUCAAUUGGCUCAGGACUAUAAACCACUGAAUUUAGGACAAGGCUUUCCAGACUUCGCUGCCCCUCAGCACGUGUGCAAAGCCCUGUCCGACGCCACUCUCAGCCAAGACGUCCUCCUCAACCAAUACACCCGCGGAUUCGGACACCUGAGACUCGUGAACGCCUUAAGCAAACUGUACUCAAAGCUGGUCGGCCGUGAGAUUAAUGCCCAGAAGGAGGUGCUGGUGACUGUCGGCGCCUAUGAGGCCCUGUUCUGUGCCUUCAUGGGUCUCGUGAACCCGGGCGACGAAGUCAUUAUCAUUGAGCCCUUCUAUGACUGUUACGAACCCAUGACUGUUAUGGCCGGC